CUACCGAGCACAAAACAGUGGAAAUGACUGGCGCAUUGUGACAGGGGACAUAACUGUGGCUAUAUAAACACAAGUAGGGCAGGAUGUGAGUUGGAUUUGAUCAACAUGGACACUUGCUACAGGGUUCUCGUCGCUGCGGUUAUCGCCUUCGCCUCAAUCCAACUGAUAACUGGACAACAGCUUGAUAUUCAGAAAAUGUACGCAAUGUGUCAGGAAAAGUCAAACGCUACAGAUGAGGAACUAUCUGCAUUCCAGAGAAGUCAAAGUAUUCCAACAACAGAACACGGGAAGUAUUCUGUGCUGUUUCAGUGUCUUCUAGCAUGCAUAUUUCAAAAUACUGGCGUGAUGACCAAAGAAGGCAAGUAUAAUGCGGAAGGAGUGUACCAGCUGGCCAAACAGUCAUACAUGAGAUCUCCGGAAAAACUGGCCAAGGCUCGGCAGGUUGUUGAUAUCUGUGCUAAGGAGGUGAAAAACUCUGAGGACAAGUGCGAGGUAGCUGUAAUAGUGGCCAACUGUACUAUGGCUGCUUCUACUAAGCUGGGCCUCGAGUCCGUAUAG